AUGUUCUUCUCACAGAUUAAAAACUCAAAGGUCUUCCUGUCACAUGACAUCAGCUUCCUGUCACAUGACAUCAGCUUCCUGUCACAUGACAACAGCUUCCUGUUACAUGACAUCAGCUUCCUGUCACAUGACAACAGCUUCCUGUUACAUGACAUCAGCUUCCUGUCACAUGACAUCAGCUUCUUGUCAAAUGACAUCAGCUUCCUGUCACAUGACACCAGCUUCCUGUCACGUGACAUCGGCUUCCUGUCACAUGACAUCAGCUUCCUGUCACAUGACACCAGCUUCCUGUCACGUGACAUCAGCUUCCUGUCACAUGACAUCAGCUUCCUGUCACGUGACAUCAGUUUCCUGUCACAUGACACCAGCUUCCUGUCACGUGACAUCAGCUUCCUGUCACAUGACACCAGCUUCCUGUCCCUUCAGAGUGAAAACAUGGACGAAGCAAACCCUCCCAGAAAGAGGACGAUGUCGUCGAGGAUCCUCAUCAAAGGAGGAAAGGUCGUCAACGACGACUGCACUCAGGAAGCAGACGUCUACAUCGAGAACGGCCUCAUUCAGCAGGUGGGGAAGGAGCUGAUGAUUCCCGGAGGAGCCAAAGUGAUCGAUGCUUCGGGGAAGCUGGUUCUUCCCGGAGGCAUCGACACGAGCGUGCACCUGGAGCAAACCUUCAUGAACGCCGCCAUCCAGGAAGACUUCUACAGCGGCACCAAGGCGGCUCUGAUGGGAGGCACCACCAUGGUCAUGGCGUUGGUCCUGCCCGAACAACACUGCUCCCUGGUGGACGCCUUUGAGAAGUGCAAGGAGCUGGCGGACGCAAAGACAUGCUGCGACUACAGCCUGACUGUGGGGGUGACAUGGUGGGGGCCCAAGGUACAGACUGUGGGGGUGACAUGGUGGGGGCCCAAGGUACAGACUGUGGGGGUGGUGGGGGCCCAAGGUACAGACUGUGGGGGUGACAUGGUGGGGGCCCAAGGUACAGACUGUGGGGGUGACAUGGUGGGGGCCCAAGGUACAGACUGUGGGGGUGACAUGGUGGGGGCCCAAGGUACAGACUGUGGGGGUGACAUGGUGGGGGCCCAAGGUACAGACUGUGGGGGUGACAUGGUGGGGGCCCAAGGUACAGACUGUGGGGGUGACAUGGUGGGGGCCCAAGGUACAGACUGUGGGGGUGACAUGGUGGGGGCCCAAGGUACAGACUGUGGGGGCCCAAGGUACAGACUGUGGGGGUGA